CAAGCACUGCGACAGGUUCAUCACAUUUUUGGUGGCUGGCCACUGACUGUUGCAAAACUAAAAGACAGAUCGGUCUCAGCGGAUCACUGGCCGUUCCACGCUGAAAUGAAAAGACUAAGCUUAUUUAUGGGGAGGGCCACAGCAGAAAAUGGGCUCUGUCGGAGGUCUCCAGAUCGGCAUAAAAUCGCCUCGGUCACUCCUGUCUGCUACUACUUUGCUUCACCGUUAUCGUAGACCGACCAGGUAAAUGAGCUCUGCAGAAAUUGAAUCUUGCCCUGUAACUUUGGAGGUUUUACAGUGAUCGCUUUGCUUGUUUCUUUGUUAGGGUGCCAUUACCAUUUCUUCUUUAACCUCAGUUAGUUGACAGUAGGUGAAACACUCCGUUCAACUCACUGGGACUGGUUUUUUGGGGAGACAAAUAGUCGAGAUCCGUUUUUGGAGUUCGUUUUGUUUCAGAGGUGGCAUUUUCUGCGUCUCUAGUAUUAUUUCUAUAGGACAGCCUCUGAGCACUGCUGAUGCAGCCUCGCUGUGCUUUGCCUCCCCCCAUCUUCCUCGUGAGAAUUUUAAAGGGAAGCGCCCAGCAGCAGCCACUUCUCGGCUUCUCGCUGCCUCUCCUCCUAGCUGCCAGCAAUCUCUUGCGCUACCCUGCACAGAGAGACCUUGAGGCUGAGGCAGAGCUAGGUUGGCAGGCAAGCAAGCUGCAUGCGUGCAAUGCCUCAGGUGGACUUGGAGAGCCUGGUGUGCGGCGUGUCGGGCGCCGGGGCCGGGGACAGGAAGGUGUCGUGCGAGACGGUCAUCGCGGGGGGCAGCGGGGACGCCUCGCCGCCGCGGAUGCCGCCGCCGCCGCCGCCGCCGGACCCAGACUUCCCGCCGGACUCAAUAACCAUCCCCAUCGGCGACGAGGCGGCGUUCGUGGAGCUGAACCCGAUAUACGAACGGGACGACUCCACCAAGGGCAGCACCAACCCCAAGUUCGCGGCCGCCGUCGUGGCCAACCCCGUCGCGGCCAAGACGCGGUCCAACUCCACGCGCGUCGCCGGCGCCCCGGCCGCCGCGGCCGGCACCACGUUCUUCGGCCUCCCGGCCAAGAUCCGCCCGCCCUUCUCCCGCCGCCGGCCGUCGCAGGGCCGGAUCUUGGCAGACAAGCGCUCCGGCGGCGGCGGCGGCGGCAGCACGAGCAGCCGGGGCGACGGCGGUGAGGUGGAGCCGCGGUCGCCCAAGGUGUCGUGCAUUGGCAAGGUCCUGUCCGACCGGGAGCGCCACGGACGCCGCCGGCGCCGGCGCCGCGGGUGGUGGCACGGCGUGGCGGCCAUGUUCCGCUGCGACGGCUGCUGCCGAGCACCCCGCAGCGCUUCCAGGAAGAUGGCGUUGGAGGACGACGACGAGCAUCAGCCAGGCAUUGCCGGAAUGCGGAGGUUCAAGUCCGGGCGAAGAGCCGCUUCCUGGGGAGAGGAGGCCCUCGCGGCGGCGGUGGCGGCGGUGGCCGAGGAGAGCGAGGAGAAGGCGAAGCCCGACAGCCAGGACGCUGAGCAGUGGUCCCUGCGGCCGGUAAAUUAGGUUGGGGCGACUGGCGUGGGCGGGAAACGAUUGGACCCGGGAGAUUGUCACCGCUGGGCCCCGCUGUAAGUGACUGCUGGCUACUGCUGCUGUGGUUGCCAAUAGGUGAGCCCGAGGCGUCCGUCUCGAGCUGGCCGCCGCAUCGUCCGUCACCGUCAGCGAGGGAUGGGCUCCGGUUGGCCGGUGGCGAUCGGAGACUGACCUAGAACUGCGAGUUUUUUGGAUUUCGGUGGAUUGUUUCUGCUUGGGAUUUUGCACCCUGUUUGGAAGAGCUUGUUUGUUGAAACUUGAACCAA